CCCAUUUUCAGCUUCUUCUUCUUCUUCUUCAAAUUCUCUGUAAUUUUUCUCUCUCGUUCGCCAUGGAUCCCGUCAAUGCAUGGGGCAACACUCCUCUUGAAGCUGUCGACCCUGAGAUCUUCGAUCUAAUCGAGAAGGAGAAGCGUCGACAAUGCCGUGGAAUCGAGCUUAUUGCCUCUGAGAAUUUCACUUCCUUCGCUGUCAUCGAGGCCCUCGGUAGCGCCUUGACCAACAAAUACUCCGAGGGCAUGCCGGGUAACCGAUACUAUGGUGGCAACGAGUUCAUCGACGAGAUCGAGAAUCUCUGCCGUUCUAGAGCCCUCCAGGCCUUCCAUGUCGAUCCUGCCAAAUGGGGCGUAAAUGUCCAGCCCUACUCUGGUUCUCCGGCGAAUUUCGCUGCCUACACGGCGUUGCUUCAGCCGCAUGACCGUAUUAUGGGGCUGGAUCUUCCUUCUGGUGGCCAUUUGACGCAUGGUUACUACACUUCCGGUGGGAAGAAGAUCUCUGCUACCUCGAUUUACUUCGAGAGUUUGCCUUACAAGGUUAAUUCCUCCACUGGAUAUAUUGAUUACGAGAAGUUGGAGGAGAAGGCUUUGGAUUUCAGGCCGAAGCUGAUUAUCUGUGGUGGCAGUGCAUACCCUAGGGACUGGGAUUACGCCAAAUUCAGAGCAAUUGCCGACAAAUGUGGUGCCCUUCUGCUUUGUGAUAUGGCUCACAUUAGUGGUCUCGUUGCUGCUCAGGAAGCUGCAAACCCGUUCGAGUAUUGUGACGUUGUCACGACCACAACUCACAAGAGUUUGAGGGGUCCGAGGGCUGGUAUGAUCUUCUAUAGGAAGGGUCCAAAGCCACCAAAGAAGGGUCAGCCUGAGGAUGCUGUUUAUGACUUCGAAGACAAGAUCAACUUCUCUGUCUUCCCUGCCCUUCAAGGUGGCCCUCACAAUCACCAAAUUGGUGCUUUAGCUGUUGCCUUGAAGCAGGCUAUGGCCCCCGGGUUCAAGGUCUAUGCAAAACAAGUUAAGGCCAAUGCUGUAGCCCUUGGAAAUUACCUGAUGAGCAAGGGCUACAAGCUUGUCACUGGCGGAACUGAGAACCACCUCGUUCUCUGGGAUCUUCGUCCUCUAGGAUUGACUGGCAACAAGGUUGAAAAGCUUUGCGACCUGUGCAACAUUACUGUAAACAAGAACGCCGUGUUCGGCGACAGCAGUGCAUUGGCUCCCGGAGGUGUUCGGAUCGGUGCACCUGCCAUGACAUCGAGAGGUUUGGUCGAGAAAGACUUCGAACAGAUCGCAGAGUUCCUUCACCGUGCUAUAACCAUCACCUUGAACAUCCAGAAGGAAUAUGGAAAGCUGUUGAAGGACUUCAACAAGGGUCUGGUAAACAACAAGGAAAUCGAAGAGCUCAAGGCCGACGUUGAGAAAUUCUCUGCCUCAUUCGACAUGCCCGGUUUCCUCAUGUCCGAGAUGAAGUACAAGGACUAGAAAGCAAACAACAACAACAAGAUCUAAAGUUUUGGGUGUUUGUCGAAUCUUUAAAAUCGUUCACUUCUAAAGCUGAAAAGGUAAAAAAGAAAAGAUUGCUUUUAGUUUAUUAUCUUUUAUUUUUCCAGCAAGAUGUAGACUUACAUUUUCCUUCGCUAAUGUUUAUUCGCAAGUUUAAUGCUAAGAAAAGAAGUUUUGGGCUUGAUAGAGAAGCCCAAUUUCAAAUUUGUAAGCUCCAAGGCCCAUAUCAGAACAAGACUUUGGGCCACCACGGCCCAUAUUUUUUGCAA